AUGUGGGGCAGGAGCCAAGCAGCAGGAUUUAUUUCGGCACUUAAAAACUACUCGACACAGUUAGCUAAGAGCCAACUGCAUGGUGUCGACAACGUGUUGAGUGAGCUCUAUGGCCUACGAUGCAAUGUUAUUCUCGACAAACUCGUGGACCAGAAGUAUGCUGCUGCUAUGGGAUACCUGUUAGGCUCUACCCUACUGCACCCAAAAGCAGACCCCCAGAAGGCUUUACAAUAUGUACACAUGGGCCUAUGCUCCAAAUCCCCCCUCUUUGCGUCGUACUUCGUACACGGGCUAUCUCUUUCGUCCUUCCUUCUUGACUCUCUCACGGUAGCUACUACAAUUUCCUCUACACAAGAUGCUCUUAUAGCAAUCUAUUCUGUUCUUUUCAAAGAGCUACAUGCCCCACUAUCACAAGGCUUUUUCGAUAGACUCAAUAGCAUUGCUUCCAACUAUCUCGGAGACGACCUAGAUCUAUUGAUAAGUAACAAGAGCAGCUCAUCUAGUGGAGGCCCUGACUCUUUACUGAACCUCUAUGCCCAGUUUUUGGCAUCGACCAUGAGUGAGUUUUUCAGGGCGUUGCAGAUGAGGUACCAUGGUCACCAGGAUAUUGGAGUAUUAUAUCGAUUGCGGGUUCUUGCACAAAGGGAUCCAGCCAUCCUCUGCAUUAAUUCGUUGAGAGUAGAGCAGCUUUUGUCUGAUGGCAUCUCAAUGGCUCAGUAUACGACGGCGACAAUGCCAUCCAUUAUUUCCUGGAUGGACUCCCUCUCUGCUCUCGAACUUAUUUAUAUUAAAGAUCUAGCUAGCCUUGUUGGAUGUGAAGAUUCAUGUGUACUUCAAAUGUCCGCCCCUGAUGGUCUCUCUCCACUCUUACUCUUCUCACCUAAAGAUGUGUUCUCCGCCCUGGAUGACACAGAAACUCAGCCAGCCAUAGACACUAAUAGCAACGGAUGUAGUAGGUGCUCUCUUGCACGGCCAAAGGACUCAUCCACCCUGCUUCUCUACCACAUUAUAGACAGCAGGAUGUCAUCAAAAGAUAUCGAGAGCAUAAUUCAACUAUCAAAGACUCUACUUCGCGAGGCUGGUCGAAAGUUGCUCGAUACAGGAGACCACUAUGAUAAAUAUAUUUCGGUUAUCAUCGAGAAUACGCUCUUGUGUUGUUAUUACACACAAGGCAUCUUCGUGCUUGAUUCAGAGCAGUUGCAACUUCUUAAGGAACUCCUGAUCAAGUCGUUUAGAUAUGAUCGUCAAAUGUUCCCAGCAUUAUUUCGCUUGCUCUUACUGGUUACUAUUUUCCAACCUAUCUCCAUAGAGGAACAGCAAUCUAUCCUGAAAGCGUUUCAGGAACCUCCUAGUGAUUCCUUGACAGCAGCUCUACUAAAUGCAUCGUGCAUUAGUGUUCGGGGUACCAACUGGAUUACUAACUUUGUGGCAGAUCUGCUUACUCUUCCCCUAAUAGAUUUAGAUAUCUAUCCACAAUCGAAUGAGGGCAAUACCUCGUGUGACAAAUAUGACAUUCAGCACUCCGUUCUGCUUCGUAAUUCAACAUGUACACUGUUUGUGCAAGUUCUCACCAGACUCAUUAAUUUGCACACCAGACAGCCUUAUCCAUUUCUAGACAGCGGCUCCUCGACUAUUACGAAUUUACUAGAAUGGAUCAUCCCAUAUUUAAUAACAUUGGACCAAGACUCGCUGUCUGCAUCUGAGCCGUUCUAUGCCCUUUUGGAUUCUUUGGUACAACACUCUACAAGAGUGCUCAAAUCAACGGAUAACUCUUUGAAUAGAUUCUUUGAUGUCUAUGCUUUCUUUGCUGGCCUACUUUCCAAGGGUAGCUUAUCAGGGUGUGCUUCCGACACACCUCGCUGGUCCAACAUGGAUUUGUUGAAUAUACUCUUACGUUUGCAAGAAAACUAUGACACAUCUGAAGCGCUACUCCAGGCGUCAGGCCUGCUUGAGGCAUUGCAUACGCUAUUGACAUGUAACUUCCAUGCUUAUGCUUCCUCUGUGCUAUUAUUUUUCAGGGGUCGCUCCGCCAGUUGUAUCAGAUUGGAUUUAUUGAUACAGUAUGCUCGCACAGAAUUCCUUACAAAACCCGGACUAACUAUUUCCAAAGACGUUCUGUUAGGCUACGCACCGAUUCAGGAAUUAAAUGAAUUUCCUAUUAUCUACAACAUGUGCUGUCUCUGCGCCUGCAUUUCCCAAGGAUGGAUAUCCUCACAAGGCGAUGGUUCACUUUGGGCUGGGUUGGGUUGUAAUAUUGCUAAGCCGCUUGAGCUUUUUGAGGUUAUUCUGUUGGCAUAUCUUUUUUACUAUUCCACAACUCCCUUAUUGCAAGAAAAACUCCUUUCUCUGGUGUGCGUGGAGUUCAAAUUAGAGGAGCGAUGGGAAAGUACCAUUGCGGCCAAUCUUACUCUUGCGACUGUUUUCUUAGCAUCUGCUGAAAAUAAUUAUCUUCCUGUUAUAUGCGAUGUGCUCUGUUCUAAGAUGAAGCUUUCUCGAGCAGAGUGUGUACCUGGCACACCUCAUACAGAUUCUGGCCUGGGCAACCUUAUAACUGGCCUGUCAGGAAAGCUCAAGGGGUAUGCGCAGCAGAUUCCAGAACGUUACUACUCCCUUGUUAUACUAGCAUGCCCAUAUGGCGAGCAACUGGUGAUACCAAUCCGUGCCCACUACUUGGAAGACCCUUCAGUUUUGUUAUUCUACCUUAGCUGCUUGGAAACCAGGGACACUCCGUUUGAUAAAACUGUCUUUGAGAAGCACAGGGAGCUUAUGGAGACAGGUGUACCGAUUGAGCUGGCGGUUCGUCAUCGAGCGCGUCUUGGCUCAGUUGUUGUGGGGAACACUAACUUCUUGACUUUACUUUUUACCACUUUAGAUGGGAAUGAGAAUAAAAGCAUUACAAGAUUUUUACCUGUCCUCUUGCUGCAUUCCAAUGGAUUGACAAUUCACUGGUUAGAAAAAGUACUUUUGAAAGCGCCACAUGACAGUUGCACACAAUCGAUAUUAUCACUUUUGUACCACUUUUCAAGGCAUCGAACCGAAGCUUCUUGCUUGCCAGAUCAGUACUUUAAGGCGACCACACAAUCCUUUGCAUUAUAUCACGAGAGCAUGCUAGGCUAUAGAAGGACCAAGAACUCCUCUAUGUACACAUUGGGUGAUAAGCUUAAUGCUAGUACUGAUGGCAGCAAGAAAUUGCAGGCCUUGCAUGUUAUACUACAUGGCUCUCACACCCAUAGUUACAGCAGCUCCCUAGUUUUAACUAUAUUCUCAAUUGACUCCGCGGAGAUUAUUCUUACCUUGUCGCUGGACUUGUCCUUACGAAGAUUGGUUGCUACAUCAGUUGCUUGGACUUAUUCCCUCGAUUACGCCUUUCCCUCCAGCGCAGUGGAAGAUGGAGAGCUUACUAUUGGUGUAGCGGUUUCUGGGUUUGGAAUGUCAAGCGUUUCGAAGCAUAGUUCAUUUAUCCUCGGCACUUCUUUUACACCCAUCUGUGGUUUAACCGUCACGGUUAAUGGAUCUUCUGCGUCCCUUCGCUUAGAGCAGCUUCCUAGGCUCUGCCUCCCCUUGAAGAUUGAGAUAACAACAGAGGGAUCACUACUGUAUGAUCAGGUUCUUGUCUCACCAUUUAUUCUUACUCCAUUUCAAGUAUCUCUGCUGACUGACAAGAGUAUGCCUAUUUCGAAGCUAUUCAACGAUCCCGCCAGCUUCGGUAGCAUACUCGGGCUAGCACAUGAUCUUAGAUCCCAGUCGCGUAUGCCAUGCGGACUCAGCUUUUACGAUCCACUGGAUACCCCACAUACCUCUCUAUUAGGUCAAACACAUCCUCUUUCAGCCAUCAAGAUAAUUAGUAGCACACCAGGCAAAACCGAGCCCCUCAUUGUUGAGGAUUGCUUGUGCGCGUUUCCCCAAUAUUUAGAACAGCACGAGGUCUCAGUUGAGCACUUAUCCAGCAGGUAUCUGGAUGCGUUUGCCACCGAUUUUGAAUCUUUGUAUCUGCACAUCUAUUCUGACUGCAAAAAUUUUACUGAGGGCUGUCACUCGUUACAACGUAGAGGCUUCUUUUGCCCUCAGUGUAAUAUGGUCUCCACCUCAGACUACCUACUUUUCGACCUAUUAUGCGCAGAUCUACAAGCUUCUGUUAACAGGACUGGUGAGCUAGUGGCUCAUCCCAAAGAGUACACGGUAUCUUGCCCAUAUUGUGCGCAGCCAUCUGAACCCCCGUCUCGCCGUCUACUUCAAGGUGAUAAAAGUUCUGCCCUUUCGACACUUUAUGAUAUCCGAACGCAUUCUUCUCAGCAAUCACUGAUGUUCAAUACUACGUCUCUUCAGCCUGACUCUCUUGUAUUUUCCUUUUUAAAGACUGCAGAACCUAAUUCCGUAGAGCUGAAUGAAAACAUGCAACCUGUUGUCAACCAUUUAGCGUCAGUUGUACCCCUUACGUCACUAAUUAUCUACAACGAGUUUCUAAAGGCAAUAACAUCGGUUGAUGGUACGCUUCUUUUGGAUGAUCUACUAUUCCGCCUGGGUUAUCUGGAACCUGUUACAUCUGUUCCUUUCUACAGUGGAAUCUCCCUUCUUAUGCUUUUGAUCCAGACUCUCACCAAGGUACCAAUCGUUUCUUCUUUAGAGUUAUCCUCAUUCAUCUCCUCUCAAAUCUCAGAGAAGACCACCCCAGACCCUGUGCCAUGGAGCGGAGAGUGUGUUUCUGCGUUUCUCACCAGGUAUCAACGUGCAUUUUUCAAGCUAUUUCAUCAGCAAGGCUCGUCAGGAGAUUUCUUCUCCGAGGCUAAGCGAACAGGAGUCUUGGGCACGGUGCACCACUUUAUCUCGUUUCACGAGCAGCUUUCCCUUUUUGAUCAGAAUUUUAUUCCAAGUCUGUUCACUACGUCUGCUCUCUUCGGAAUGUCGCGGCAGUCGCUUGUGCUCAUGUUAGGCGAACUACAUACAUAUAUGGGCAUACUGGCACGCAUCACGGGAGGAGAUCCCAAUCUAUUACUGCGUAAGUAUCUUGAUAUGGGGUCAAAAGUGUCUAUAAUUUUAUCCAGCAUUACUCUUCUCAAGCGUUUUAUCGUGAAAGUCCCCCGGAUUGGUGAAUUAGAAAGAAUAGAUAAGUGGUACAUUGGUAAGGGGUUGCUCGUCUUUGACUCCAGCGUCAAUCUGUUACAACACACGCAAACUAGUUCGUGCUUUAUACACUCACAAACUGAUGAUAAUACCAAGCUAUUUCUGUCCGUAACAGCCAAGCCCCUAUCUGGUGCAGUGGUCUCUGCCAAUCCUCCACUGGAAAGGUUUCUUUUCCCAUUAGCCUACUCAAGGAGUUUACCAGUUAACAUCGAUUGCAAUCUACUCUUACCCGCGUGUAGAGCGUUAAUUAUAGCAUCUCAGGGAAGCCUAAGCUCUGCUGCGAGUGACGCUCUUUUCGCUCUUUUUGCUUACUCGCAGCGUUGUGGUGCUCUUUUGAAUGCCAUCUCCUUCACUUUGGAAACCAUUACGGAGUCAGGAAUAUCUAGCAUACCAACUGAGCUUGCUGACUACCUAGUUGAGGAGCUACUUGUGGCAGAUUCUGUUAGUUCAUUUAUGUGUUUAUGGCCGGCCACUAUUGCACUGUCCAGUGACUCGGUUCCGCUUAUGCUUUACCUGCUGAGAGGCCUCCUUUUGCAAUCGUCUAAAAAUAUCAAGUUAUUUGCACAGCUACUCACUCCUGACUUUUGGCUUCAGUAUAUACACGGCAUGAUGGAUGCAUUUCUCAUCUAUGCUGGUUCUAUUCUCGUGACCUCUGCCAAUCCUCUUCAGUCUCUUUUGGAGAUAUCACAAAAGUUUACAUACAUAGCCACUGAGUCCUUUGGAAUUAUGUAUACCCUGAUUGCUGCAGAGGAUGUAGCUCACUCUGCGGUAGGGCUUGCUUUCAUAAAGACACUAUCUCGUGCUACGGUUUUUAUAACGGCAUCCCUUCACACGCACUCGCUUUCUGUGGCGGGUACUAUUAGUGACCAUGCAAACUGCAUACAACAGCACAGCAGCACCUCUCCAUAUGUGUCUCUUGCCAAACACGCCAUACUUCACGGCAUGACUGGAUAUGUUACGCUAAUAAUCAAUCGCCUGGCCAAUAUACGAAGUAACUCUUCCUCGGGGACGCCGUCAAGUGUGCAUGUUGACAUGCUUACGGUUCUUAACUCCGAUGUUAUUUUUGAUCAGUUGCAGAUCUCUUACACCUCUCUUCAAGCUUCUUUCGCUUUAUAUCCACAUAUAGCCCAGGAUGUUAAUGAGUCUUCUGAAGUCCCGGACGGAAGCGAUCACUGCUUGGUAAUCGAGCAGUUGACUUCGCUAUCCCUUAAGGCCAUCAUACAGCAACUCUACUCUGCAUGCUAUGUAAUCCGUUACACAGACGAACACAAGUCUCUUCCACAACUAUACCUUAUCUGCGGUGCAUACAGAACUGUUAUUGAGCUGUGCUUUGACGCUCUUCGGCAAACGCAGGUAUUGAGUCCACUUAUCGACGCAUUUUUAGCGACUGCAUUCUCACUUCUAGCGUCAUUCCUUUCAGUAUCGACGGCCGCGGUUACUGAGCACCUUGAUCCAUUGACGUGGUUCCGAUUGUCCACCUCCACAUAUGCACUCAACGGAAGCAUUUGCAACAUGGAGUAUUUCAUGCCCUUCAUCAGCGGGCUGCGCAUAUUUUACUGCUUGCAACUAAAAACACCUCAGACCUUCAAUCAUACACUAAGGUAUCUUCUAUCAAUGUUUGAAGCAGUUAUGGUUAACAAUACGCCAGGAGAGCUAUUCAAACACUAUCUUUCAGAUUUAAGCAUGACUCUUAAUGCUGCUCAAUUCUUUUUUACAGCACCGCUUGGAACAGGUGAUAUAGUAGGGCCAGAGGAUAGACGCACAUUGUCAGGACCAAGAAGCUUAUUGGAGCCCGCGAAUCCGAAUGAGUUUAUCAUUUAUCAUAAUGUUCAGAAUUUUGACUGCACGCUGCAGGUGUUUUACCGAGUGAUUGCGCCUCGUGAGCUUCAGAAGGCUUUCCCAAUUGAGCUGGAGCAUAUUCAAAAGUGUGCAUCCAGCAGUGAUCCUCUAGAAGCCAUCUAUGGAUACUCAAGCCAUCUCCUGCUACUGGUGUCUUUGGUUUACGCAGCUGCAUCAGUACACACAGCUUCUGAUGACAUUGUCGAAGUAGCGACCAGUUCUGCACUCGGAGAUUCUGUGGAGCUCGCAGAUACAAGUCCUCUUAGCAGCAAGGCUCUUGUAGCACAAGAGAUGAUUACCCGGUUUUUGUUUAAGAACCUUCGGCUCUGUGCGAUCGACAAGGCCUGUGCAUCCCUCUCAUCACUGCUAGCUUUGCUGCUUUCGGAGAGUCUUGCUGUCUCCCUCUCAGGAUAUGUAGCUACAACAGAGGUAUCAUCACUGCAAAAGUGCCUUGACCUUUUGAAGUUUAUCUGUGAGUCGUUAGCCGGGGCUUCAUACACACACCAUACGCCACUACACCUCUCUCCUCUCACGCAGACAGUUAUUGUUUCUUCGAAGAACUCUGUGCCCAAGGAGCGCCGGAUUGUGAAGCUCCACAAAGAGCUUGUGGAAAACACUCAGACAGACCUCCUGAGUAUAGGUCCCUUUGUGGACUUGGUCUUUUCCUCUGUGCUACGUCUCUUGGCGAGAUAUCUGGACUUGGGAGAGUAUUCACUUACCGUUCUACAAGACACGUUACAAUACAUGCAAGCCAUGUAUCUUUUGUUUGUACGCACUCUCACCUCACAGGUAAAGACCUUAAAUUCUCCUGACCUAUUCAUUGAAUACGUCACCUGUGUCUUUGAGUACUAUUCUCUUGCUAUGGAACAUCGAACACUGGAGCCAUCUGCAAAUGACCUAUGCUCUAAAUAUGAGGAAUUAAUUAUGCAAAUUCUCGCAUUGGAGAUUCUUCCUCUUUCGUUUCAUAAUUCUCUUGGAAACGUUGCAACACAUGGAUAUCCAUUUACACUUAUCAAGCAAAUCCUGCAGAAUGAUCUUACAGUGACAAAGCUCUGUAACAUUUACUUGGGUAAAGCAGAGAGUCCAAAGUUGAAGCUGCAACUAUACAAGCACUACAACAAGAUGUUAGAGUUCGUCACGUCUAAAUCUGUUGUGUCGGAAAGCGAUGAUGAUGCAAUAGCUGUAUCCUCUGAUGUUGCUGGGAAACCAGGCCGUACACCUAUAAAAUUCAGUGAGCUGCUUCAGGGAUUUAAUUUCACAAAGUUCAAGAUUGUACAGGGUGUCAUUAAUGCUAUUCUGCUCUCAAUACUUCAUACAUCAAAUGUAGAAUUGGCCCAUGCAAUCUCUAAAGUAGUAAGAACUAUGAUACCUUUUUCGUCUGUCAUAUUCUUCUAUUUUGUUGCCAGCACUUUCAAGCUUGGAAAUAUAACGUGCAUUAUUGAUCUUAUUCAGACCAUAUAUGGGGAAGACCUAUCUGUGGAAGGAAAAGUCAAGGUCCAAGGCACGACUACGUCACUUCUAGACUUUGUGAGGCAAUACACGGAUCCUAAUAGAGCGAAUCCCAGUACCCUGCAGUCGUCUAGGUUCAAAACACUUGUUAUUGUAGAGUCAUAUCUAUUUGGACGACAUUGCUUUAGAUUGACGGCGAUGGGGCUGAGCGGCAGCAUACACCUAGUAGCCAAGUCUUCAAGCUCUUUUGCCAACGCGCCGGUUAAAGCCAUUCGUCGAGUGGUUACUCCUGCUCCAUACAUUCACCUAAGUCCCAUUCGCUCAGGGAGUGUAUACUAUCUUUUGUCCACUAUCGCUGCCGUAAGUCGCUAUUACCACUUGGGCGGUCCUCUCGCUUGCGUAGCAGGCUACCAUCGAACAUCUCAUGAGUUUUCAUUGAGGACAAAGAAUCUCAUUGGAGCAACAUGCGCAUUCACGCCAGAGUACAAAGCAUCCCAAGUGCUUGAGUCUCUACUGAUACAGUUGGAGCGGAAAGUUCAUGAUAUAUUGCAGGCCAACUCCGUUAUCAGUCUUGCAGACAUCUUACCAGCCACAGAAUUAGUGCAGUUCAUUGCAUAUGCCAGUUAUGAGACAGAGCUGGUUUCACCAAAUGAGGGCAUUCUUAUCCUUACCGAUUUGGCAAUAUACUUCAUUCCAGGGUGGAGGUUGGUCUCUGAGGAGAUUAUUUAUGGGUUGAGGGAGCAUGCGUUUAGUAUUUCACCGCAAGAGAUCUCUGCUGAGAAAGAGGAGGAGCUGCCAACUGCAGUGCAUCAGCCUUCGAUUGUUAAAAAGAUCGUUUCGUCUAUGCAAGAGAUGCUACAAACACUGCUUAUAUCGACCAGACUUCCUGAGCAAAAGCUAGAACUCGUUUCUGAGCAGCAUGGGCCCCAAAGAGAGAUUCUCAAAGACCUCAAGCACUUUUUGACCUCUCUGGUCAAGCGAUGCAACUAUCCCCCAGGAAGGCCAGUUUCCGAGUACUCUAUAGCGCCAGUAAUGAACCUCUCGGACUCUCACACAGAACAAUCUGCCCUUGAAAAACGGUGCCUUACAGAUGUGCGGCUUCUACUAGAACAAACUGCAAAACUCAGCACAGGGUCCGCUCAGUUGUUGCCUUUUAUGACAACAAUUAAAUUGUCAGACAUAUCUAGCGUUCUGUGGAAGGAGUCGGCGCACAGGUGCACGCAAAUAGAGGUUCUCCUUCAGCAAGGCGAGGUUUACACUUACGAGAUACUUGAUAGUAUUUCAUCUAGGCGAUUGCGGCUAAAUCAUUACGUCAACGAUCAUGCCUUUAUGUUGCGCGUUCAACAGGAGUGUUCACGCUCAGUUCUAACAAAAACACCGGUAUCUGACAGAUUCACGAGCUGCCAACUAAUGCUACAGAACAACUCCCUUCUGUCUGCAAUAGCUCUCAUCUUCUCUUUGAUGAAGACCUCUCUACAAGGAUCCUGGGACUGUGAUCUUGGCACUGCACGGUUUGAAAUUGUGUUACCGAAUGUUGCAUCGCUGAAGAAAUAUAUCUCUAAAUGGCGCAUGCAUUUGGACUCAUGCUGCUCUCAAAUCCCACAGAUCAACUAUGCUGACACUCCAUCUGAAGCAAGUUUAUACGAGCACCCUUAUGAGCUGCCAUUUCCUCAGCAGAUAUCGGCUAUCACAGCGCAAUAUAGUGAUAUUUUCAAGACUGUCUUGCAAGCACUAAACAAGCAACUUGCCACUCUGCUCGAGGAAGCUCUAAUCCUCAUCACAAAGGCCCAGCAACACUUCGGCGAAAUCAUUGAUAGCACGGCCCUCUAUACCUCUCUCUUAUCCUCUUAUCACGCUGCAGAAAGGCCUUCCCUUGGUUUAGGUCCCAGCAUCAACCGCAUUUCGGAGUCCAUGCCCUGGUCUAAGCUUCCCUCUACCCUCAGUAUUCCAAUACUUUUGUUCUCAGGAAAGCUAAGCCAUAUUGAGGCUGUUAUUGCGCUGAAUAUGGUAGCUGGACGCUGCUCCAGCGACACUUCUAUGUAUCCUGUAUUUCCAUGGCUUGCAGAUGACCGCAACUUGGCCAAAACAGUCAUGGAGCAGACGGAGUCCAAGCGUGCAAAGUAUAUGGAUAGAUAUAACAGCCUCACAACGGCUCCGUUCCUUGCUGGGAGCCAUUACUCUACCUCUGGGUUUGUUGCUGGAAUGCUCCUCAGAUCUCAGCCCUUCUCGGCAGCAGCUCUCCUUCUACAUGAUGGAAAAUAUGAUAACCCAGAUAGGAUUUUCAGCAAUGUGUCGGAUUUGUGGAGCUCCGUGAAGGAUACAAAUCUCAGCGAGUGCCGAGAACUCAUACCAGAGCUAUUCUAUGCGCCAAAUAUGUUCCUUAAUGAGUCUGCUCAUGACUUUGGUAUACGAAGCACAGGCGAGGCAGUCCAUGACUUGGUCUGUGACUCUAUGAACGCGACUGGCUGCACUGCUUGCAAGGACAUUUUAGACACCUAUCUGCACACGGUUCUUUACACGUUAAUAAAUAGAGAACGGUUGGCUCAGUAUACCACCUUUCCAAGCCUUUAUCAAUGGUGCCGUCUUCUGUUUGGUGACAAGCAGAACAGCUUAGCUCACUUCAAUAUAUACUACUGGCUAACAUAUCCUGAUUCUGUUGCGCUGGAUUGUAUUUCUAACUUCUCGACGAGGAUAAGCACAUACUCUCAACUUAAGAACUUUGGUGUUUGCUCUAGAGACGUUAUCUGCAUGUCUGUGGAAGAGCGACCUGUGCUACAGUGCAUCUACCAGUCUGUAUUAGGAUCUAGGGGAAAGAACGAAACGAAAAUUCGCAUAUAUGACUACCUUCUCCACAUUGACGACCUCCUGAAGGUGCUCUACCCGACUGAAGUGUCACUGGUCCGCACUUCCGAAGGGGAACAUAUUUCCACGGCAACUGCAGAUAUAUUUAGCCCACAGCAAGCUAUUCCAUGGUUUUACAAUUUGCUACUGACAAAGCAACCACGCGUUUCACACACCCAAUUACAAAACAUGAUCAUGUUGGCAAACAUUUACUCCUUAGCACCUGACUCUCUACUUAUCUUGAUGAGAGACAUGCGCACCAUAGCCGUAAUUAACCAGGCCCACCAUACUUGUCACACACUAAAUCUUCCUUUCCUUCUGUAUGGAAGAGGCCACAUGAACAUCUAUAUCAGACAGUGCUUUGUUCAGUACAGCUGUAUCAUCAUUACACUCACCGAUGCAACUACUCAUUUAGUCCUAUUUGCUCCUGAUGCUCUGAAAGCUGGCCUGCUGAGUGUCACCGGGCAUGUUCGGCUUCUGGCCACUCCGCCAUUUUCGGCCGUAACAGUUUCACAUCCCCAUAGACUUAUUCUAGUCUCUGUAGGUCAGAGGCAUAUUCUGUACAAUCUCAUCACCGGCGCUGCCAUUGUGGAGCUUCACGCCAUUGAGCCAAUGCGCCCGGUGGAGCAUCCAUCGUCUGUCGUCCAGACUCAGAUAGCUGAUAUUGCCGGCAGAAUUUGGGUGCUUCAAGAAGGGAUCCUCUCUUGUUGGAGCACAAGCCUUGCACUUCUCUAUGCUCUUCUACCCUCCUAUGAGACCACAGCCUUUCUCGCCAUUGCAGAUAACCUGCUCUUAACGGGAGAUAAGAAGGGUGUUCUCAGAGUUUACGUACUCCUACCGUCACUUCUCACAGAGACGGUGAGAAUAAAGAUCAAGACCAAGGUUACGACAGAUUCUGAGCCCACACGCAUAAAUCUUCUUUGCACAGCUCCGGCACAUAGACCAUCCCAUCCCCUUGCAAUAAAGCAUGUAGAGUACUUCAAAGACCGCACUGUGACCGUUCUAGUCCCCAAACUGUGUGCAGAGAUCGUAACCAGUAGUAGGUCUCCCAUCUGGAAGAUUGCAACGGAUUGCUCGCAUAUGAGUUUAUCAAUCAAUGACCGGGUUGUAGCUUCUUUAUCGACCAUGAUCAUGCGACUCCCUCGGUACAUUGACUGCGCACCGGCACUUCCUAGUAACCGCUGUGCAAGGUGUGGCGGAAAACGGCCAGAGCAUUACUGUCACGCCUGCACCGGUCAUUUUUGCCCCUUGUGUAUGUCAACAGACGCAUACUUUUUCCCAUACCAAGACAUAAGCAGUAUAGCGCCUUGUCAAAUCUGCGCCAAUUGUGCCAGUCAUAGGGAGAACGCUAAGGAGGUUGUCACUGAAGCAUGA